AUGAGAAGUGUGGGGGCCGCCACGUCCAGGAAAAGAAAGCCCCAGUCGCUGCUCCCACUUUAUACAACUUCCACAACUUCCCAGGACAGCGCCAAUUUGUCAAGUCCAGAAGCUGGUGUCCUUCUAAAUUUCUACAGAGAAAUUGAGACUUCAAGUCACUCAUCCAUAGCGAGCCUCAGAGCGGUGCUUGGGCUUGGAAAGAAGUUGAAUAUAGGCUUUGGUGAAACCAACUUUGGAACAUACCAAAACCCACACUACCGUGAAGCCCGCGCUGUGUAUAUACCCAUUUCUAAAACCGCGGCUUGCAAUUUCGGGGAACUAGCAGUGGAGGCGUUUUUCUUUCUCCGCUUUUACGUGGUUUUGGUACCUGUGAAGACCAAUCUGUCUAUACACUCAUUUCUUCGUAAGAGAUUCUCUCACUUGGACUCUUGGAUAAUGCCUAUUCCGGACUUGGUGGCACUGUGUACGUUUUCUGCUAUCUCGGUAUUCAUAUCCUGGGCCGUUUGCUCCAUUCUCAUACCCUUGUGGAUUUCGAGGUCUGUGGGCUUUUCGAGAAAAAUAUACGCACGUCCAGCUUUGGCCAAGACCGAAUUCCAAAACACCAAACACGGCAACUACGACCCACUUGUGUUUGCGUUGGUCAAGCUUGCAAUCAACUGCUACAUCUACAUGUACUACGCAACUUUUUCGCUCGAGAUCUACGGAAAUUUCAAAUUGUUUCGUGGACUAAUUGCCCUCCAGUUGGGGUUCUAUAAUUUGCACCUCUUGCGCAUGGGAGUGUUUCCACUAAUUUCUGGAGCCAUCAUUACAGCGACAUCUUUCUAUUCGCGUCUCAGAGAUAAAAGAGACUAG